UGUCCUUUAGUGGCGCGCGCGCGCACCUGCCGCUAGGAAACUUGUGUGUGGAGAAGUUUGGGAAAGGGCUGGGCUACUGCUCGGAGGCUCGGAGGAGUGCAGCAGCAGCAGCAAUCCGCUUUUCAGGAAGGAAACCACAGCUCUGGACAGAUAUCACACAGCCUAGAGCUCCAGCAACGACACGGCGCACACCCGGAACUCCGGUUCCUUCUCUCAGACUCGUGAUUACAAUAAUAUCACCGUUUAUUCACGCGGCUGCAGUUCAUCCUGAUGAGCUGGCGAGAAACAAACGUCUCAGGACUUUUUAAAUCAUAAAAUGUCAAGCGUUAAAGUUCCUGAACAGGACCUGAGAGAAGUGGACAUAUGCGACGAGGAAAGCGGAGUUCUUGAAAACUCGCUCAGAGUUUCAGCAGAAAACCGAGUCGGAUUACAUGAUGAACGGUCACGUGAUCUACAGGCUCAUUCAGAGCACGCUUUGAGCAGUUUGGCACCCAAACGGUGUGUGGGUUCUGACGGUGCAGGAAGGUCCGUCUGCCUGGAGACACUGUGCCAUGAAGCCUGGACACGGUGUGAUGGAGAUGAUGGCAGGUCCGUGUGCCGGUCAUCCAUCGUGGACUGUCUGCUGGUGGAGCUUUACGACACGUACAGCAGUGGGAAGGGCCUCAGGAGCGCAGACAGUCUGGACAGCUCGACUGAGGCCUCAGGAUCAGAUGCGUUUCUGGGCAGGAGCAACACGGCGUCCAGCUUUCUGCAGGAACUACAAGAAAAACACACCAAGAGACAUCAGAGAAAUUAUCUCUCCCAAAAAGAUCCAGAGGAGCUGAAGUGGAUCAUUCAGGAGGUGAAUUAUCGUAUCGGAAUUCAGUCAGCUAAAUUGGUACGGCAGCUGAAAAGGAAGGACCGACUACAUCACAAGCAGCAGAAGAAAUGUGACAUCGUCACUGCCUGCCUGCAAGCUGUCUCCCCAAAAAGAAGAGUGGAUACCAGAUUGAAGUUUACUCUAGAGCCAUCUCUUGGCAAGAAUGGCUUUCAGCAGUGGUAUGAUGCCCUCAAGGCAGUGGCUCGGCUUCCAACUGGAAUUCCCAAAGAGUGGAGGAAGAGGGUGUGGUUAACUUUAGCUGAUCAGUACCUCCAUAGCAUCUCUAUAGACUGGGAGAAGACCAUGAGAUUCACGUUCAAUGACCGCAGCAAUCCAGAUGAUGACUCUCUGGGGAUCCAGAUAGUGAAAGAUCUGCACAGAACAGGCUGCAGUUCUUACUGUGGCCAGGAGGCCGAGCAGGACCGUGUGGUACUGAAGCGGGUUCUACUGGCUUAUGCCCGCUGGAACAAGACUGUAGGUUACUGCCAGGGCUUCAAUGUCCUGGCUGCCCUUAUCCUUGAGGUCACAGAGGGGAACGAAGGCGAUGCAUUAAAGGUGAUGAUUUAUUUAAUUGAUAAGGUGCUUCCUGAGAGCUACUUUGCCAACAACCUGCGUGCUCUGUCUGUGGACAUGGCUGUAUUCAGGGAUCUGCUCAGGCUUAAACUUCCAGAGCUCUCUCAACACCUUCACCACUUACAGAAAGUAGCCAAUCGGACAGGAGGAGGAAGCUACGAGCCUCCACUCACCAACGUGUUCACCAUGCAGUGGUUUCUCACCAUGUUUGCCACCUGCCUGCCUCACCACACUGUGCUGAAGAUCUGGGACUCUGUUUUUUUUGAGGGAUCAGAAGUGCUGCUGCGUGUUGCCUUAGCCAUUUGGGCCAAACUGUCAGAGAGGAUUGAAGAGUGUCAGACUGCAGAUGAGUUCUACAGCACUAUGGGCUGUCUGACUCAAGAGAUGCUGGAGGACAACUUGAUUGAUUCCAAUGAACUCAUGCAGACAGUAUACGCCAUGUCCACCUUCCCUUUUCCCCAGCUGGCUGAGCUGAGGGAGAAGUACACUUACAAUAUCACUCCAUUCCCUGCUCCAGUCAAGGCCAAUGGCAGCCAAGGGCUCCAUGGAUGGGAGAGUGAUGAUGAUGGAGACAUGGAUGAUGAGGAUUCUAUAGUCACUGCUCUGGGAUGCCUGGGACCAUUAGGAGGGCUUCUGGCCCCUGAGAUCCAGAGAUACCAAAAACACUUAAAAGAGCAGCGAGGUGAACAGAGCUCUCCCUGCAGCAGUAUGGCCGAGCUGAGUCCCGGGGCAGUGGGAGCUGGUCGGGCAGAGCAGCACGCCACCAUCAACAGCAUGAUGAUGGAGCGCAUGAGCACGGACAUUAGAGCGCUCACCAAGCAGUACUACCGCAUCAAGAGACGGCAGCAGCAGCAGGCCAACCUGCUCUACAUUCACACAGGACUGCCAGUGGAAGCUGAACCUGUUGCUCCUCAUCAGCUCAGUAAAGGGGCGAGCCUUGACACUGAUAAAUGUCCAGCCACUGACAUCUUUGCCUCCCAAAUCCACUCUUCACCUGUGGUCAAUCAUCUUCUCCUGGGAAAGAAGGCCAUAUCUGCUCCGCAUCCUUGCAGAAAUGGUUUGGCUCAGGGGCUCAGAGGCCCUACAGAGCCACUUCCCCGAGCCCAGUCCACCCCCACCCAGAAUCACAGUCUUCAGUCCCCCUGGCAUGCACAUGUUUGUGCUCAUCGCAGGAACCUGGCACAGGCCCGGGUCCAGCUGGGCUUUGAUGACUCCAUGGAGCUAGAGGAUGACACCAGCCCUGAGCACAAAACAAAGAGAGAAGAGGGAGAGGAAAAGAUGAAGGAAGAGGAAGAUCAAGAGAAGAGCGAAGAUAACCAUGAAAGCCAGGAGAAAGUAGAUGUGCCAUUGCAGGAGCCAGUGCAAGGGAUUAUGGAAGAACAAGACUUUGAGCUCCAGCUUCAGGAUGCUGUCUGCAGUGAGGAGAUAAAGGAAUUGGAACAGCAGCUAUCCACCCUUGACCUGGAUUCAUCAGCACAAGCUCCUGCAGAGUUGAAUGAUCCAGAAACACCACCUCCACUUCCAGACCCAGAGCUGGGAAAUAAUCCACAGCCACAAGAGAAACCAAAUGCGCAGCCAUAUGUCUCAGCAGUGGCAUGCUCCACCCGCUCCAACUCUUCCAGCUCAGAGAGCACAGCUUGUUCUCUCAGGCAAAGCGCCUCUGUAGCUUCUACUCCAGAGAUUCUUCCCAAACCACAGCAAGUUUUCUCCCCUUUCCCCUGCGUCAAAGUACCACGCAAAUCCAUGGCUGCCCGCAACCUGGGCCUCUACGGCCCCACCUCCAGAACUCCGAAUGUGCACUUCCCACACAUGAGCAAAACCAUGACCCGAGUGGGUACUGCCGUUGCCGUGUCCACCAGACGGCGAUGAUUAGCAGCAUCACUUAUUCUUCACCUUGGCUCUGAAUCUGAGCCAAUCAAAUAUGCAGAAGGCUUGCUGUUUCAGUAUAUAUUGAAGGUACAGUAUAGCAGUAUACAGCACAGAAGCCUCAGAGAUAUUGGACACAGCAGAGGUAUAGAUAGAAAUGAUGGAAUUUCCUAUCUAGUAAAGUUUAUCUUGUGUGUGUGGAACUUUAUUUAUUUUUUUUUUUCAUCUAAAAUUUUGUACUUCACAAAAAAAAGAGCCAAACAGUUUAUUCUUUUCUGGCAUUCAUCAGUGCUGGAGAAUGUGAAGAAGCCUUUAAAUAUUUAUGCUGCAUGUCUGACCUUUUGGCUUUUGCCAUCAAUGUAUUGGAUAUGACGAUGUAUUUUGUCACAAAGAUGAAUGAUCUUCAAAUAAUAAUAUUUAAAAAUAAUUCAAAUGGUCUGUGUAUUGACUGAUAAUCACCCUACUGGAUAGAAAACUUGAGAGAUGUAUCAUACCCGUACCACUCUCUCCAAACAUUUAGCUCUGUUUUCUAAUCUUAAUCUUUCCGACAAAUUAAGUCUCAGAAUUUAUUGCAUUUGCCUGCUGUUCUGUAUCUUUUGCCUGUCACUUCAUUAGUUGGUUUAUGCUGUUGCUACAAUUUUAUUUUAUUUUUUCAUUUUACCAACUUUGAACAGAAAUAACUGUCUUUUGCUCUUUGUUUCAUUACUUUAAACAUUUUGAACUGGACAGAGAAACUUAAUAUAUUGGAUAUAACGAAUGGAAAUUA